AUGUCUGCUGUCCCCGACGAGUCCGACUCGCUGCUCACACUCCCUCUCACAGAACAACUCCUUGCCACUCAUCCAAAUGCCCUACAAACACCCGUUACCCACGUUCGCCCCAUAGAUCUUGUCCACGCCUACUGCACCGGCUCCAGUCUCGCCCUCCCUCGCCAUAUCCGCACCUUCGUCCACGCCGUUCGCACCCAACAGCUCCCCCGCGAGCCACUCAACUCCUUCCAUGUCCGUCCCUUGCCUUUCUCCCAGGGGAUGUCGCCGAAAAAGGCCCAUGAGGUCUCGCGCAUGGCGUCCUAUAUUCUCCGUCUCGUCCGCCAUCUAGAUCAACAUGCUCUACACAUCGUCGACAUCGGCGCAGGCCAGGGCUACCUCACCCGUGCCCUCAAAGCAUAUCUCCCCCAUGCGCACAUCCUCGCCCUAGAUGCUGACAACGAACAAACUCUCGGCGCACAGCGAUGGGAAAAUCGCGUUCUUCUAAACGCAAAUCCGUCGAUCGAUCACAAAGUAAUUUUUAUAUCGCCGGAGUCCCUUCUGAAAGCGCUUGAUGAUUGGGUUGGCCCCCGUCCAAAUCCUGUACCAGUCCUGUUUGUCGCACUCCAUGCCUGUGGAUCGCUGACACCCGAUAUCUUGCGCGCAUAUAUCCAUGCAACUCACAAUCCAAAUACAAAUUGGCGCACAGCAGGCCUCGUUGCUGUCGGUUGCUGCUACAAUCUUAUGAACCCAUCAGUCGCAACUCGACACCUCCCAAUAGCCGCGUACCAUCUCGCCGCCCAGAUACCGUCUCAAUGGCUGACAUCGAUAGAUCCUCCUACCUUCGACCCUUCUGUAGAGCUUUCAAUUCGUAAAGUGACUUGGCGUGCUCUCCUAGGAAAAGCACUUCAACGUGCCGUUCCAGAUCCCAACUAUCGGGAAAGUGCCAACGACGCCGCGAUAAAAUCAGCGACUGUUCCAGCACGAUGGUCCCGCCGUCCAGAAAUGACUGAAGAAACCCUGUCCACGUUGGAACCUCAGCUAAAAUUUGACGCCCCAGAAUCGGGAACUGGACUCACAGAGCCAUUACUCCGUCUAGGACGCCUUCGCGACUCCGCGUAUGUCUCUUGGAACACUUUUCUGCGUGCUGCUGAGCAACGCAUGGGUGUUCUGUUCCACCCCGAUGACUUUGAGGCAGAAGGCAAAGGCGAAAAGGCCGAGAUACGCGAUGGAGAUAAUGUCAAUGAAAGGGGGAAGGGUGGCAGCGAUGAUCUGCGCCCAGGCCGAGACACCACCCUCGAGAACGACCUCGCUGCCCACCACGUUCUCCGCUGUCUCUUGGGCCCCGUGAUAGAAUCUGCCAUUCUGCGGGAUCGUUUGACUUGGGUUCGACGCGGCCUCUGUAAUCGCGUACAGAGCGAUCUCGAUCAUUCAACUCGAAGACCAAUUCAAACCCUUCAACAAGCUGGGGCCACAGAACCGACAGAACAGGGAUCAGACGCGUACGCGGAAAGAGAUUGUGGGGACGCACAAAGAGCAGAACUCGUCAAUCUGUUCGACCAGGCAACAGGUAGCGGGCGUAAUGUUGCGAUUGUCGUAGCACCGGUUCGAUAUUUUCCCUCGACGAGUGCCGAAGAUGGAGUCGAGAGUUGA